GUCCCCGUGGGGAGGGAAGUCCAGUCGUCCUCUGGGGAGGGUGUUUCCUAAUGGGCACAUCUUUGUCUCUGCAGCGCAGCCUCCAUUCACCAUGUGUUUCCGCGUGAAGUUUUACCCUGCAGAUCCUGCUGCGCUGAAAGAAGAAAUAACCAGGUAUUUAGUCUUCCUACAGAUCAAAAGGGAUCUCUACCAUGGCCGUCUCCUCUGUAAAACAUCAGAUGCUGCCUUGUUAGCAGCUUAUAUCCUUCAAGCGGAGAUUGGGGAUUAUGACCCAGGGAAACACCCUGAAGGCUACAGCUCCAAGUUCCAGUUUUUCCCGAAACAUUCAGAGAAGCUGGAAAGGAAAAUUGCUGAGAUUCACAAGACAGAACUCAGUGGUCAAACACCAGCAACAUCAGAGCUGAACUUUUUAAGAAAAGCACAGACAUUGGAGACGUACGGAGUGGACCCUCACCCAUGUAAGGAUGUGUCAGGAAAUGCUGCAUUUCUGGCCUUCACUCCUUUUGGGUUUGUCGUUCUGCAAGGAAACAAGAGGGUCCACUUCAUUAAAUGGAAUGAGGUGACCAAGCUGAAAUUUGAAGGAAAGACUUUCUAUUUAUACGAAAAGAAAAUUAUUCUCACAUAUUUUGCUCCAACUCCAGAAGCAUGCAAGCACCUUUGGAAAUGUGGAAUCGAGAACCAAGCCUUCUACAAGCUGGAGAAGUCAAGCCAAGUCCGCACAGUGUCCAGCAGCAAUUUAUUCUUUAAAGGGAGCCGGUUUCGAUACAGUGGCCGAGUUGCAAAGGAAGUAAUGGAGUCGAGUGCAAAGAUCAAACGGGAGCCACCAGAAAUACACAGAGCAGGGAUGGUUCCCAGCCGCAGCUGUCCCUCCAUAACCCAUGGCCCAAGGCUGAGCAGUGUCCCUAGGACCCGGAGAAGAGCUGUUCACAUCUCCAUCAUGGAAGGCCUCGAGUCCCUCCGGGACAGUGCCCAUUCCACGCCAGUGCGUUCCUCCUCCCACGGGGACACCUUCCUGCCUCAUGUGAGAAGCAGCCGGGCAGAUAGCAAUGAGCGAGUCGCCGUGAUUGCAGAUGAAGCCUACAGUCCUGCAGACAGUGUGCUGCCCACCCCUGUGGCUGAGCACAGCCUGGAGCUGAUGUUGCUUUCCCGGCAGAUCAAUGGGGCCACCUGCAGCAUCGAAGAAGAGAAGGAGUCUGAAGCCAGCACUCCAACAGCUACAGAGGUGGAGGCCCUUGGGGGAGAGCUGAGGGCCCUGUGUCAGGGGCACGGCAGGCCAGAGGAGGAACAGGUGAAUAAGUUUGUUUUAAGUGUCCUCCGUUUGCUCCUUGUGACCAUGGGACUCCUCUUUGUUUUGCUCCUCCUCCUGAUCAUCCUUACCGAGUCUGACCUUGACAUUGCCUUUUUCCGCGAUAUCCGCCAGACCCCCGAGUUUGAACAAUUCCACUAUCAAUACUUUUGUCCCCUCAGGCGAUGGUUUGCCUGCAAAAUCCGCUCAGUGGUGAGCCUGCUCAUUGACACCUGAGAAGGCAUGACUCCUCCCAAUAACUAGCCAGGUGGACCAAGGAGCCCGGCUACCCAUUCCCAGCAAUGGGACCCAUCGCGGAACCAUCGGCACAUGUACCAAGUCCUCCUCUCAUGACUCAAAGUCCACAGCCUAGGAGGGUCAUUUCCCAGAAGAAAAAGAGGAUAGGCUCAUGCCCUAUCUAAAACUGGGAAAACUCAUU